AUGGGAAUUGGUCCACCUGGCAUUAGCAUACUCAAAGAGAUGAGACAAUAUAUGAGAGUUAUACAGUUGGACAGUUUCUCGGAGCUUGAGGAGAAAACAGUAGGAAUUGACCGCACCACUUGGCUUGUAGAGGCCAAUGAUAAGAAGAAAAAUAAACAUCAGUUGAGCAAAGGUGACUAUCUUGUGCACAAGUGUCUCAUAUUGAAAAUGCACAAGAUUACUCCUCUUCUUGUGUUUGACACACUUGUGCCAUUAGGAAAAGACAGGAACAAAGAAUUCUGGAACAGGGAGAUUCAUUUUAAUUAUGUUGAUAGAGCCGUACGUGAGUGUCUCAGUCGCAAUGCAAUCAAGCUUAUCUGUGCCCCCUAUGAGUCUGAUGCAGAGUUAGCAUACUUGAUGGAGAAAAAGUACAUUUAUGCUGUCAUGACAGGCGACUCAGAUCUUAUGGCUUAUGGAGUUUCAAGAAUAAUAUAUAUGAUUGGGAGCCAGACAAUAGUGAUUGCUAUUACUAUGAAUUUGAAAAAAUGA